AUGGCACCCACUGACUCCCGCAAGCUCACUUCCGACUGCACGGCCGUUCAACAUGGGCCUUUGUGUCGCCUCCCUCCCGAGCUCCUCAACGGUAUCAUCAGCCGCUGCGACCAAAAGUCCAUCUCGGCGCUCCUACGAAGCUGCAAGCAACUGCUGCAUGCCUAUACUACUUGGUUGUAUGCAAACAACGUUCAAUAUUCGCAUGCAUCGUCCAUCAUCUGGGCAGCGCGUUGCCAAGAAGACAAUGUCACCAUUUCGGUCCUGAACAAGGCCGUCGAGGCUGGCGCGAAUUUACGGAAGCAAUGUCAGAUUUCCCUCAAGCCAUUUGAACACCUACGCCUACCACAAAUGGUCUACCGGGAUUGCUUUCUCUCGGCGCAAUCUCAACUGAGGGACAUGUAUCCUGAAUCUGUUGCAGUCUCUUGCCUUGAACUUCUCGUCGAAGAGGGUCGAGAUACCGUGGUUCUCCACUUGCUGCAGCAUGGUUUUCAUCCAUACCAUCUGCUGACGUCUCGCAUCCUGAACCUCGUUUCCAGCACCCAUGGCGCUUUGCCGCGUCUGACCGACAUCAACCCCCUCCAUGUGUCGGCGGCCAUGAGCCUACAGAACGUGGCUGCCCUUUUGAUUGGCCAGCAUGGCGUUCACGUCGAUAGCAGGGACAGCUGUGGCUACACGCCAUUGUCGUACGCCAUACGCUCGCCGUUCGCCGAUGACGAGAUGAUAUCCGAGCUGAUCCUCUGCGGUGCCGACCUCAAGCAGGAGGUGCCACAUGGCGGCAUACAAGUGUCCAUUCUGGAGUACGCCUGCCAUGCCGGCCGGUUCUCCGCUGCUCUUCACAUCCUCGCAGCGCUCGACUUGUCUGACGUGCCUGGUGCUUAUGACCCAGCUCUUCAGGUCGUCAUACCAAUACCCUCCUUCAAAAGAAAAGGCCAGACUUCGCAUACCAAAAGAAUUCUGGUCAACAAGCUCUUGGGACGUGGAGCGAACCCAAACGCUAUCGUUCGUUCUUCCGGGGCCCCUCUCUUGACGCAUCUGGUUCGGAACCAUCCCAAGGCUGUCGACUAUCUCCUGGCCCUGCCGGGCAUCCUUGUUGAUGCAUUGGAUGAAGGAGGCCUCACCGCCUUGGCCUGGGCUCUGACAUAUACAGCGCACCCUACGAAUGUGUAUCUGAAAGUCGCUGCGUCUCUUCUAGCCCACCAAGCGACCUUGACGACAGCUGUGACAAAGUGGAUAUCGGACAGCACACGUACUAUAAGCACCAUGCGACACGUGAAACACGCACUCAAGAGAAACCCACGUAUCCUAGAUAUCUACCAACUCAUCUAUGGCCAUUGCAUCAGGGUCUCCCCUUGGCAGCGCACCAAUGCCCAGCAUCAGUUUCUGGCCGAGGCACCCGAAUGGAUUGUACUUCUGAUCUGCAGAAAGAAGAGAAAGGGAUUAUGGACACGGAGAACGGCGGAAAGCAUGGUGAACAAGUAUUGUGAUCUCGAGAUAGUGCCUAGAGGCUCCGCGAUGUCUCUCUCGGCUCCGGUGCAAUAUCUGGGACAUUCCAACGACGAGGCGCCUACCCAGCUGCGGAUACCAUAG